GGGCACGUAGUGACGUAUUUCCGGCGUGUCGCUGUCGGGCGGGUAUUGUAAAAUUUAAAUUACCGUGCGGGCGGGAAGUGACUGCGGAAGGGAUCGUUAUAUAGAACGGAGUCGCGAUGUCUAAACGCGAGGCAUUUUUACUUGCCACAGGGAAGGAUACGUUACAAGAUUUUUUACAUUUCAUUCAACUUCAUAAAGAUGCAACAGAUCCUUUUGAUCUAGAAGAGGUAUUGCAAGAGCUGCCGAGGAAGCAAAAGGAGGAGUUAUGGCAGAAGCUGAAGACUUUGCUGCUGGAUACUUUGGUGGCGAAUCCAGUAGAGUCAUGGCACAAAAUAGAUGAUGUCAGUGAUGAUGACAUGGAAGUGGAAGGAGCCCCUGAAGUGAAAAACACUAUGGAGGUAAUAUAUGGUGUGACCAUUGUGGCAACACUCUCUGUGUCUGUGGUGGAAGAGGACAUGACUUAUCAAGCUCUCCUGGAAUGUGCUGGCCUUCUCAAUGGUAUUCUGGAAGCUUUACCAGGGUCGGAAUCCCAUGUCCGUAUUGCCAUCCGGCAACUGUGUGAGGCCUGGUGGGAGAAAGGCUUAGAAAAGAAAGAGGAGUUUGGGAAAACAGCUUUUUCAAUGCUCUUGGCAAAGUCUCUUGAACCAAAAUGUUUGGUUGCGGACAUCACUCGCUUGUGGCAACUUCAUGCAGCUCUCCUAAAUUUUGAUUACAAUUCAGAGGAAAGUAUCGAAGUGAAGAACUUGUUACUCCAGUGCAUUCUGAAUAUCAACCACAUUAAAAAAGAAGAGGGCCGGCGGUUUCUUAGCUUCAUCUUCAGCUGGGAUGUUGACUUCAUUGUAAUAAUUCAUGAAACCAUUAAAAACCAGCUUCAAAGUUUAACAAAGUCAUUGGUGCGUCUUGUUGCAGACGUUUAUUUUAGAGCGUGGAAAAAAGCAUCUGAAGAUCUUUUAACGACCAUUGAACACACUUGUAUCCAGGACUUCAUGCAUCAUGGAGUUCACUUGCCAAGAAAUUCUCCAGUGCACCCCAAAGUGAGAGAGAUCCUAAGCUACUUUCACCAGCAAAAUAUGCGUCAGGGUGUGGAGAAGAUGCUGUACAGACUGUACCAACCUAUUAUUUGGAGAGGUUUGAAGGCUCCAAAUUCAGAGGUCCGAUCCAAUGCUGCUUUGCUGUUUGUUGAAGUCUUUCCCCUCCGGGAUCUAAAUAUGAACCAAGAAGAUAUGGACAAUGAAAUCCAAAAACAGUUUGAGGAACUUUUUAAUCUUUUGGAAGAUCCUAAUCAUCUUGUUCGAUCUACUGGAGUUCUUGGAGUCUGUAAGAUCGCUGCUAAAUAUUGGGAGAUAAUCCCUCCAGCUAUACUAGCAGACCUUAUGAAGAAGAUCCUCUGUGAUCUUGCUGGCGAUAUCAGUUCUGCUGAUGUCCGCUGUUCUGUUUUUAAGUGUCUGAAAAUACUUCUGGAUAACAAGUGUAGUCAUCCACUGUUGGAGCAAAUGUUGCCAUCUUUGAAGUACAGUCUCCACGAUAAUUCAGAGAAGGUCAGAGUGGCUUUUGUCGAUAUGCUCUUGAAGAUGAAGGCUGCCCGAGCUGCUAAGUUCUGGAAGAUUUGCCCAAUGGAAAACCUGCUGGCCCAACUUGAGGGUGAUUCCCGGCCUGUAUGUCGGCGCAUUGUCAAUCUGCUGUUUAACUCUUUCUUUCCUGUCAAUGAGCCAGAGGAAGUCUGGUGUGAGCGGUGUGUAGCGCUUAUACAAAUGAACCCAGGGGCUUGCCGGAAGUUUUAUCAGUAUGCCUAUGUACACACGGCCCCCACUAAUAUUGCUAAACUGAUGCUCACUCUACGGCGCUGUCUGAAUGCCUGUCUGCAGAGGACGGUUCGCAGUGAAAAUGAGGAGAAUGAAGACAACAAUGAAAAUGAGGAGACUGACAAGAAGAAUAAAAGUGUCCUGGAAAAUGUGUUGGCCAAAGAAGAUGCAACAUCUAUGGCUAGUUUAUUGGAGAUUAUCAUAAUUUUGUGGAGAAGUAUCAGAAAACCUCUGGAACAAAAUGAGGAGGCUAAAAACUACACCAUCAGCAAAUUUGCCUCUGUUCUGCCAGAGUAUUUCAGAGUAUUUAAGGAUGAUCGCUGUACCGUACCAUUAGUAAUCCUGGCUUCCUUCAUGCACCCAUCAACCAUCCCGACAUUCAGCUGUUCUGUGUUGUCCAAGCUGAGGCAUUUAACUAACGAGGCUGAAGAGAGAAAAUACUCUGCACUUAUCGACUGCUUGUGUCGCUGGGGACAAGUGGGUCACCUACUGGAGCUGGUAAUAGACCAGCUUUCGGAGGCUUUGCCAGAGAAGAAGAAAAAGAAAGAGAAGACGCGUAAAGUGCGCAUCCAGGAUAAUAUGGACCGCAAACCAGACUUGGCUCUUAAAUAUAUUGAAUAUCUUAUGACCCAAAAAAUUAACAGAGAAUAUCUUCUGGCUGCACAACCAAACAAGCUAAAUAACCUUUUUAAACAGCUGGGUCUGGUCAAAGAGGUUCUGUGUUCCUUUUUGAAGCCGUCUGAAGGAGUAACUCCUAUUCUUAGUCAAGAAGCGUCCAUAAUGGCUUUUAGUCUUUACUGCAGGCUCGGUAUUCACCUCCAAUCCCAGUUCCAGUCGGAAGGAAGAACAUACUUGUCAUUGCUGGAGGAUACCGGUGGUUGGGUUGAAAGUCAGGUUCUUGGAAUUCUUGGAAGCGGUGAGACACUCACAGAGCAGCAGAGUACAGUGGCUCAACAGAUCCUUCAGACUUAUCUGACAGUAUGUAAAGAUGUGAUAAUGAUUGGCCUUGGCGACCCAGAUUUUCAAGCUCAUCUUCUUCAAACUAUGAUUUUAGUAAUACAGACUGAAAUGUGCUGUGAUUACCUGCCAACUUUUCUCUGUGUGCUGAAAGAGAUAACAGAAGUUUGUUUGCUUCACAAGAUGUAUGAUGACAGUGCUGACUUUGGUAGACACCUUGAUGCUAUACAGACAUGCUUCCACAAAGCUAUAGAGGUUUCUGCUCGCAGAUUGAGGAAACAGCAAAAUGAAGCUCUCCAGCUUCUGCUCUCUAUUCAGAUGCCUAUUGCACAGUUUGUGAACACAGUUCAGUUCUGGAGGACGGCCUCUUCAGAAGUCCACCACGGGAUGCUCUCCACAAUCAUUGCAGCUGUGGUAGUGGAAAUAAGCAAUGUAUUGCGUAAGAUUUCAGAUCCAGAGGAGAUUGCCAUUCCAGAAUCUGUGUCAGAGUUACCGCCGUUGUCUAGGUGCUUAAUAUCUGUUGUUAUAAAGACGUCCAGUGUGCUGAAUUCCUUUUUAGGUGAACUCGCUACAAGUGUUUCGGCGGAAGAAAUUGAGGGAAUUCUGAGCUUGACUGCAUCCCUACAUAUCAUUAUGGCCAGCAGUAAAGGGAAACGCUUGUCUACUGCAGCUAAAGACAUUGCUUCAAUAAUAUAUAGGAAGCUGAAAAAUCACAGAGAAGUCACAAUGGAAGAUGAUGAAAACAUAGAAAGAGCUAUAUAUGAAUCCUCAAUGAGAACCUUGGAUCAGCUUCUGAAGCCAUAAAUCCGCACCGAAUGUAUAUUUUGUACAAAAUUUUGAAUAUCUCUAACCAGCAUUUUUUAUAUAUUUAUAUAUUACAGAACACAAACUCCUGGGAGUCUAGUAAAAUGUAAUGUACAAUUUUAAUGCCUGUUUAGUAAGCAUUGUUGUAAAUAUAAAAAUAUAUUCAUUAAUUGCA